AUGCAGCUCCGUACACAGUAUCUGCUAUUGCUUUUCGUUUUCGGCGUGAUCGCCAAGGGUGUGGUGAAGUCUGCCUUCGGGUCAAACCUGUCGAUCCUACUGCUAGUGUGUGUGGGCAUCUACUACUGGUGCACCAAGCGGAAUGAGAAGUGUGUGUAUGAUGAAAUUGCUGUCCAGCAGGCUGAGGCUGCCGCUAAGAUUUAUGCACUGCACGGUAUCGGUGACGGAAAAGUGACGGAGUUCAGCUUGGCAAUGCGCAGAACGUCUUUUAAGCUCAACGAGUCCGACACGGGUAUCAUUACAGACCGAAUCCGCCAGUACUCUCGCAAACUGGGUGGAUGUCGGAAAGACCGCCAAAAGUUCCUGCGGAAGAACUCGAAGACAAAGAGCGUGGAGAUUGACAUUAACGAUCCGGAUAGGAUAGAAGAAGAGAGAGCUGCGAAAGCUGUGUCGCUUACUGAAUUGUUAAAGCCUGAGACCAGCAAGAAUGGCAAAGGCAAGACAAUGAUUGAGUCAAUCGUGGAGGAGGCUGUAGAUGCCACAUUGUAA